AUGCCUUUGAACAAGUCGAAUAUGAGAGAAUACAAGCUAGUUGUUGUUGGUGGUGGUGGUGUUGGUAAAUCUGCAUUGACUAUACAGUUGACUCAAUCACACUUUGUAGACGAAUACGAUCCCACAAUCGAGGACUCAUACAGGAAGCAAGUAGUCAUUGAUGAUGAAGUGUCUAUUUUGGACAUCUUGGAUACUGCUGGGCAAGAAGAAUACUCUGCCAUGAGAGAACAAUAUAUGCGCAACGGUGAAGGGUUUCUACUGGUUUAUUCCAUAACGUCUAAGUCGUCCCUUGAUGAGCUUAUGACCUACUACCAACAAAUUUUGAGGGUCAAGGAUACGGAUUACGUGCCAAUUGUGGUUGUCGGUAACAAGUCUGAUUUGGAAAAUGAAAAGCAGGUCUCUUACCAGGACGGCUUGAACAUGGCAAAACAAAUGAACGCUCCAUUCUUGGAGACUUCUGCUAAGCAAGCAAUCAACGUCGAAGAGGCAUUCUACACACUGGCACGUUUAGUAAGAGACGAGGGCGGAAAGUACAAUAAGACGUCGACAGAAAAUGACAGCUCAAAACAAAAUCCUCAAGAUACUCAAGGAGGUGGCGCUAAUUCUGUACCCACAAAUAAUGGAGGCCAUAGGAAAAUGAGCAACGCUGCCAAUGGGAAAAACGCUAAUAGUAGCACAACUGCCGUGAAUGUUAAGAAUGCAAGCAUAGAAGCUAAGGCAGGAUUGGCGGGCAACCAAGCGGUAAACAGUCAGACGCUGACCGAUCGCACCGAUGUAGAGAAUUCAGCAGAUCAGGCUGUUCAAGCCAGUGCUCAAAACGCUAAUACGGUGAACAGUCGUGUAAAUAAAGACAAUAAGGCAAGCCAAGCUCCAAAUGCCAAACAAGCCAGAAAACAGCAAGCUGCAUCCGGCGGCAACACUGAUGAAUCCUCCAAGAGCGGAUCAAGCGGCUGUUGUAUUAUAAGUUAA